AAACGGAGAUUAUUGGAAGACGAAGAACCAGUUUUGCCAAAUAAGAUCAGUAAGGAUCCUGUGGAAGAAUUGUUUGCACAACUGCCUGGUCCGAAUGCCAAAAGCAUAUCUGGAUUUUCGUCUGAUGUCUACAAACUGUUAUUGGCCAUGCAAUUAGGACAUAUUGGUAAACAAUUUUCUGCAAAAAAUAUUCAGCUCAAUGAGUUUCUUUUGAUAACUGAUGAACGUUUAAAAGAAUUGGGUGUCCGAUUUUCUGUACAUCGUCAGCGCAUCCUAAACUCUAUUAGAAAGUUUCAUCUUCAUCAGUGGAACAAGGCGAGUUUAGGUUUGAAGCCACGGAACCAGCAAAUGGAUGUUGAAGAUGGAGUCAAUCUGAUGUGUAAUGUUAUAAAACAUCUUCAUAUUUUGAAUGCCUCUAUGAAUUACAUUAGGUUACAUCAACCGAUUCCUGUCAAACCUGAAGUAUUUAAAAUGUGUGAAAAUAUUAUACAUCAGCUUAAUCUUAUCACUGGUGAAUUGAAAGUUAUACACUCAUUUGCUUAUAAUCUGGACCACAGAGAGAAGAUAGAACCUGUUGAUUUGAUUAAACCAAAAAAGGAAUCCAAAAAGUACUUUUUGCCUUUUUUGGCAUCAUCUCUUUUCAUUGGUUUUAUUUUGUGGAAGAAAAAAGUGUCAAUUUCUGUACCAAACGUGUUAAAUGUUUUUGUCAAGUAGAUAAGAAAUGUUAAUGUAAGUAUGUACUGAAAUGUUGCCUUCAAGUUGUUAAAUUCUGUGAUAUUUCAUAAACUUUGUAUUCAAUAAAGAUAGUGUGUUUUGUAUAGUAACUUAACUUUUAUAAUUGAUGAAAAAUAAGUGAUGAAUUAAUAAUAAAUUAUAGUUUGAACCUAAUAAAUUGCUUCAACUGCUUUUA